CAUGUCUAAUAAUUUUCAUCAAAUGCAUCGCGGAGGAGGAAGAAUUCAGAUUAUUUUUGGGCCAAUGUUUUCUGGCAAAACCAGUGAAUUGAUAAGAAGAAUGAAACGAUUUCAGGUUGCAAAUUAUCAUUGUCUCGUUGUUAAAUACGAAAACGAUACAAGGUAUGACCAACAAUGCUUGGCAACUCACGACAAGCAAGUCUUAUCGGCUGUAUCAACAUCAAAAUUAGAGAAAAUUAGACAAUUAGCCGAAAAUUGUGAUGUAAUUGGAGUCGACGAGGGUCAAUUUUUUCCCGAUAUUGUUGAAUUUUGCGAAGAUAUGGCUAAUAGAGGUAAAAUUAUUAUUAUAUCAGCCCUGGAUGGAACUUUCCAGAGGAAACCGUUUGGAGAAAUAUUAGAGCUGGUACCUUUAGCAGAGAAUGUAACAAAAUUGACAGCAGUUUGUAUGACAUGCUACGGUGAUGCAUCAUUUACUAAAAGGAAGGGCGGUGAAAAAGAAAUAGAAGUUAUAGGCGGAAUGGAAAAAUACUUGGCAGUUUGCCGCACUUGCUAUAACCUUAAUAUAUAUGAAUCACCCAGAAAGAAUGUAAACGAUAAUAACAAACGGCCCAUGUCACCGGAGGUCAAUGGUCAAACUAAUGGAAAACGGAUUUUAUUGAAUUAG